AUGCCUGUUCUCAUUCGAAUUCGGAAGCUGCCAAGGGCAUUUGUAAGCCUCUGCCGAGCCCAAGUAACCCUGAUUCACCCUCCCUUGCCCCUCGCCACUGCUCCACGCGCCGCUGCAGCUGUCCAUUUCUCCCCUGCCCUCAUGGCACACACGGCGCUUCUGCCGUGCGCCGCUCUCAUGCCCACCAUUGCACCACGCCAGCCAGUCGCCUCGCUGCGCGGCGGGCCAGCGGCAUCCCCACCUGCACUCGCCCACCCUGCAAGGGCCUUUAUGGGGCUGCACGCGGCAGCGGCAGCAGCAGCAUCGCUUAGAGUGGCGAGGGCGGCAGGAGCAGCAGUGCGAAGAGGUGUGAGGGCGGCAGCAGCAUCGGAGGGGGAGAACGGGUCGUUGAGGACCCAGCCAGGCCAGGAGCAGGAGGCGGAGGCGAGGGGCGAGGGCGGGGAGGCGGACCCCGUGUUGGAGGAGGCGAGGCGGCGCAGGGCGGAGUGGCAGGCGCCGGCGCCAACGCGCGUCGAGGAGAUUCUGGACGUGCUGUUUGUGUUCGGCGGGCUGCUGGACCGCCCGUUCGGGUCGGGGCAGAGCAUCGCGGCGGCAGGGCGCGUGGUCCUGGCGCGCGUGGAAAAGGAAGUGCAGGCGCUCAGGCAAGAGGGCGAGGGGGGCUCUGCUGCUGCUGCUGCUCCUGUGCGCACUGGAGCGGCGGCUGUUCCGCGGAGUGGGAUGGAGGGUGUGGCAGCGGAGGGAGCAGCAGCAGGCGGGGGUGGUGAAGGCGGGAAGGGGGGGGCGGUGAACCGGCAGCAGGUGCUGUUCGAGUUGACGCGGGUGGUGCAGCUGCUGGGGGUGGACAUGCAGAUGGUGGGCGCUGCUGUCAAGGAGGAGACGCUGCUGAAGCGCCUCGAGGAGGCCAAGAGCCACUGCCAGCUGGCAAUGCGCCUUGCCAACAGCUUGUGUCGACUCCGCUUCCACGCGCCACUUGCACAAGGUGAGCCGCCGCGGGGUCAGUGUAGUGUCCACACUCCGCGCCCGCAAAUUGUUCGGCGCCCCACGCCCACUCUCUCUCCGCUGCUCCGCCCGUCGCGCGCGCGCCGCCCCCCGCUUUCCACCCUCCAUCUGCGCAGCGGCUCCGCGACUUCGCCCUCUCUCCUCCUCUCCCCUACGUCGCCGCCACCCCGCCUCCCAUCCCACUCUCCCCUUUCUCCAUUCUCUUUUUGCGCCGCUCUUCCCCCCAACCCUCCCCGUGCGCACGCGGACCUGCGGCACUCUCAUCUCAGCCAACGGCACUCGCCUGCGCCACGCUCCCUCUCUUCUCGCUCGCCUGCCCGUCUGCCCUCAUCCCCUCCGCCCCCCUUUCGCCCCCCACGCUUCCCCACACACCUGCCCCUCGCCCCACUCACCCCCUCCUUGCCCCUUCCCCGCUUCGACCAUUCCCCGUCUUGCCCCUUCCCUGCUUGCCCCCCUUCCCUCCGUGCUGAGCUGCGUGUAACGUGUGGGUCGCCAGAGGAGGCGCUCAUUCUGCGCAACACACUCGCAGUCGACCCCGAGCUGCAACCAGACAAGCUCGUGCGGGUGAUCACAGUCCAUGAUACCCACGUCUCAGUCUCCUUCUCGUGCCCUGAUGCUCGUUUCCUGCGGGCAUGCCUUCAUGGACUCGCUCAUCCUCGCUGCCUGCACCAUUUCCCUAGGCACCUCAAAGUCCUAUCCCACCAUCCUUCCUCCCCCUCCUUUUGCAGCUCCUUCUCGUGCCCCGACGCUCGUCUGCUGCGGGCGGCCUUCAACGCCUUCAUGGACUCACUCAUCCUCGCUGCUCGCACCAUCGAGGCAUUUGGCCCGUCUCCGCCCAUGCAACAACCAUGCCUGCAAUGA